GUGCGUGAGGUGCAACUAGAGGACGACCGACUCGAUCGGCUUCACUUCGUAACAGUCGGCUCCGACAUCUCGCUGGAAGUUCGCGAGUAAAAGUGGAAGAAGAUUUACCCCGAAUACGUUAACGUUACUUUUAAUCGACUAGUUAUUAAAUACGAAAUCAUCGACCAUGAAAUUACUGUGGGCUGUCGGUGCCCUUCUGUUAAGCUGCUGGCAAGCUAGCGCGUCCACAGCCCCAAACAUCAUUACUGAACCUACGGAGGUCAGCAACCAGACCUCCGCAGUCCUCAGGUGCAACUUGACAGAGUCAAACCUUCCCAUCAAGGGAUCCCACUGGGUGCACAAUGGAAAAGUCAUUGAAGAUUCCAAAUCCACUGAGGCUUCUGCAUCCAUCAUCCUUAGUUUGAAUAAGAUCACCCACAACUCUGGUGGAAAGUAUGAAUGUGUGUUCCUGACUGAUCCAGAGGUGAAGCAGACAAUUGAAGUCAAAACACUUCCUCAUGUAGGUGCCCACAAGCACUCUGAGCAUGCCAAUGAGAAUGACAAAGGUGUGAUGGUCUGUAAUAGCCAUGGCUACCCACUGCCCACUGACUGGACCUGGUUUAAAGAGGAAGAAGGCUCCCAGAAGCCUAUUAUCAACGGCACUACCGACAAAUAUGAGAUCAAGAGCACCCCUAACAAGACCACUCUGACCAUCAAUGACCUGAGCAUGGAGAACGAUAUUGGAGACUACGUCUGCUCUGGAACCAAUGAACUUGGCACAAGCAGCGACAAGAUCCACCUGCGUGUCCGCAGUCGCCUGGCUGCUCUCUGGCCCUUCCUGGGGAUUGUGGCCGAGGUCAUCAUCCUGGUGACCAUCAUCUUCAUCUACGAGAAGAGGCGAAAGCCUGAUGAGAUCAAUGACGAUGACGACUCAGGAUCUGCUCCCUUGAAGAGCAAUUCUAAUGCAAAUCACAAAGACAAGAAUGUGAGGCAAAGGAAUUCUAAUUAGAAGCUGAAACAGAUGGACCCACAGACUGCAGUCCAGGACUCAGCUGUUGUGUUGCACACCAUACUGUGCACCCUGCAACUUUGAAGAACCUUUUUGUGCUUGGGUGUUAAUGUUUAAGAAGUUGACUGAUUUCCUCUUUGUUUAGUUUUUCUUCUCUAUUAUUCUCCAUAUUGUGCAGCCAGAGAGCAUAGUGUGGAAUUAUUUCUGCUUCAGAUCAAGGGGCAAAUAUUGCAUGAGUGUAAAUGCUGUUAUAGAAAAGUGUGUGUUUGUUGUAAACUCAUUAGACAGUUCAUGUGAGGAAUGCUUAGUUUGUGCUUAUUUUCUUUUAAUGCUUCCUACACUGACUUCACACUUUACUAUGCUUUUAUUCUCCAAUCAAAAGUUCUGUUUAGAUGAUAGACACUAUUUUGUAUUAUUAAGAUAAAACACUGCCAUUCUUCUAGUAACAGCUGGAGUGUGCUUGAAUUCACACGUUUGAUCUGUCCCUACACCAACAAAAACCUCCUUUAGCAGAGUUUUAUACUUUGCCUUAACUAGCACCAUUUUUUUCUUUCUCUUUUUUGCAUUGUGUUACCUGUUACAAGGUGUACAUGUGACACUAAAGAUUAAAUGCAGAAAUGACUGAGAUUCAAUGUCUGCUAGCUUUUGUUGCCGUAAGAAAUUAAAGUCCUUCAAGAAGAAAAGCGUUUGUCCCUUUAAAUCCUGCUUUCAUUUCCUUUGACUAUUAAAAUGUUUAAGGGUCCAAGUACAACCACUUCCUGUUACAGCCGAAUGGAAUUUUUAAUCAAUAGUCCUCUUCUGAUAAUUUUCUGAUAUUUUCUGCAGAAAUAUCUCAUUAACACAAAAACUGAACAAAGAUUUUAACAAAAUUUCAUAGGUGGAUUAAAAGUUCCACCCACUUCUCAGGCACAUACAAUGAUGGUCAUUCCCCCAAAGUUGGCGUUACAGUAAUCAAGUUUUAAGUUUUUUCUAAAAUCUCCGGAGUGGCUUUAAAAGGAGCCAGAUAUUUUUCAUUUAUUUGCAUCUUUGCUCUGAUUGUCUACUUCUCUGAAAAGGCACAUUUGGGGAUUUUGUUUCUCAAUUUCCUCAGAGUCCUGUUUCUUUCAAACAUCUGAGAGCUUUGAGCCAGUCCUCUUCAAAUUUUGUCAGGAUCAUCUCCAGAGUUUGCUGAUCUCAAGUUAAAAACAGGAAUUUUGACCCACAAACUAAUGAUGUGGAACACUUUUAAACAUAUUUUUAACUACAAUUUUACAUUAAUUCUUGAGUCCAAAUGGGCAACUAUAACUACACUUGGUGAACGUAACUCGGCCAAGCUUUAGGCUCACACUGCCAUUCACUGUCUUGUUGUAAUCACUAUUGUGUGCACAACAUUUAUAUUUCACCAACUUUUGCAAAAUAAUUUUACACCAAAAUCAAACACUAUAUCCAAAACCAGAAGAAUCAAUAUUUUGGCUGUUCUCAGUCAUUUGAAUAUAAUUUAUGAAUCAGUGAAAAAUUAUUUACAGAUGUUUUUAUGAAAAAUGUUGGAACAUUUGACUUCUUGUCAACUAAGAAACGCACAUCCUAAUGCUAGCAGCCUGCUUGGUCCCCAUUCAGUGCUGUUUGCAACUUUUAGCUACCUGAUGUCACAUGCACAGUAAAAAAAAAACAUGAUUAAGGACCAAUGCAAGAAAUGUAACAUUUGUUAUUUCUGUAGAAUUCACAGAUUUAAAAUGUAAUACAGGAGAAGAUGUCUUUCUCGCUCACUGUGACCUGAGCUAAAACAUCUGUGUGCAGUUGUUGGACCACCAUCUCUGUUCCCUUCACUGUGUAGACCAUUCAGAAGCCAUAUGUUUCAUUUAACUGAGUAUUGAUGUGAUUGGAUGUAUUCUAUACGAAUAAAAAAGACCUAGACACA